ACUCACCAAUCAGUGAGAUGAUUAUUUAGACGAAACCAGUAGUCUAACAAGUCUCAUUAUAGUUGGAUUAAGCAGUGUAACCACAAGUGAGGGUGGGUCAUGACCACAGAGAGAUUUAACUACCGUGAGAAAGAGCUCCUGUUUAUAUUUUCCUUGGGAUACAAAUAUUUUGAUGUCAGAGACAUUUUCUAAAUUUAUCUAUUCUGAAUAACCAGAAGUCACUUUUCUUCUGAAAUAAUGGCUUAUUUUUGCUCCCAAUGCCCUUAUUCUGAAUCUGGCUGAAGUGUUGUAAGGAUAGUCACCUAAUGCGUCCCUGAUACUGUAACUGAACUCAAUGGGUUCACCUCUUCGUCAAUUCUCGAGCCAAAAAGCACAAGCAAGGCAAAAGUGGGAAGAAAGGUUUAUUACUUGCACAGGCAGGGGAGAAUUCCGGGCAUCUCUCCCAAGCAGUGUCUCCCCAAACAAGGGUUUGGGAGUCCGUUUAUUGUGAGAUCAUAGCACAGUUCAUGAAUAUUCAGUUACGGAAAAGGCAGGAGAUCACGUUUGUUGCCUAACAGUCAUGUUCCUUUAAGUCUCAAGGGUAGCAUGUACACACGCUACUACAUAUAUAGCAUGAUCUAGAAAUGACUGCUUGGUCCCUCCCAGAGGAGGAGAAUUUAACAUGUUGACGAGAUUAUAAUAGGGACAUUUUACUUCAGAGCAACUUGAGGGGGCUAGAACUGGCUUCAGCUGGCCUGUUUGUGGGAACCUUUGGUGGUUAGGCUCUUCCUGGAACUUUCUGUCUGCAAACACUCAACAGAUAAUGUUAGUCUGUAUCAGAUUCUCAGUACACUCCCUGGUCACAGUAUCUGCGCCUGUGUACCUUUUUGGCAAAACUUUGUCAGACACCAGUUGUCAACAAAGAUCAACAGAGAGAGAGAGUAAUCAUUGCAUGUGGUGAGGUGACUUUCAGUUGUGUGUUUGUAAAGAAGGAUCGCAGUUCCAGGAGUCCCCUCCCAACACUACCUUUCAAUGCAAAUAUCCCUGCAGAGGACGAGGUCUGGCUGGCAUUCUGCUCAGACACCUAAACUCAGGGGCUGUCACUCAGACACAAGGGGGCGAGUCUUGCGAACUGUCCAAUCAGAGGCGGCGCCGGGGCAGGUGGGUGGGGCGAAGCUCCGACCCCCCCGGAAGUUGCUGCUCGAGAAGCGCUGGGGACCGUGUCUCCCCGCCAGUAAAGGGCUUUUUGUGCUUCUGCCGCCUGUUCUGUCCAGUUGUAACCGGUACCGACCUCAGGAGUUGCAAGAAGGACGCCAGGGGACGCAGGAAACGUAGAAAUGGUGAGACUUGGGGCCUGGAGUCAGGAUUUGGGGGAAGAGUGUCUGGCCCAAAGUGGACUCUCCUUCUCGCUUCUGCCCUGCUCCGGGUCGUUUGUCUCCUGCUGUUAACGGUCCUGGUGGCUCUGCCGCAGCCUCUAUCCCGCUGUGACCUGCACUGGCCGUGGGGGUCCUAGGAAGGACUCAGGGGACCCAGGAGUCCUAGAAAUGGACUCAGUGGCCAUUGAGGACGUGGCUGUGAGCUUCACCCCAGAGGAGUGGGCUAUACUGGAUCCUUCGCAGAAGAAACUCUACAGAGACGUGAUGUGGGAAACCUUCAGGCACCUGGCCUCAGUAGCAAAAACAUGGGAACAUCAUGAUAUUGAAGAUGAGUACAAAAACCAGGGGAGAAAACUAAGAAGUCAUAUAGUAGUUAGACUCUGUGAAAAUGAAGAGCAUAGUCAAUGUAGAGAAGACUUCAGCCUUAUUCCAAAUCUGAAUCUGAACAAGAAAACUACAGGAGCAAAACCAUGUGAGUGCAGUGUAUGUGGAAAAGUCUUCAUGCAUCAUUCAUCGCUUAACAGGCACAUUAGACGUCACACUGACUACAAACCAUAUGAGUAUCAAAACUAUGGAGAGAAGCCAUAUAAAUGUAAGGAAUGUGGGAAAGCCUUCACUUUUCCCAGUUCUCUUCGAAUACAUGAAAGAACUCAUACUGGAGAGAAACCCUAUGAAUGUAAAAGUUGCAGUAAGGCAUUCAUUUCUCCCAGUUCACUCCAAAAGCAUGAAAGAAUUCAUACUGGAAAGAAACCCUUUGAAUGUAAAAUAUGUGGUAAAGCCUUCAGUUUUCCCAGUAAUGUUCAAAUACAUGAAAGAACUCAUACUGGAGAGAAACCUUAUGAAUGUAAAAUAUGUGGUAAAGCCUUCAGUUUUUCUUGCAGCGUUCAAGUACAUGAAAGAAUUCAUACUGGAGAGAAGCCCUAUGAGUGUAAGGAAUGUGGGAAAGCCUUUAAAACUCCCUCGAGCCUUCGAUCACACAUGAUCUCUCACACUGGAGAUGGACCGUACAAAUGCAAGGACUGCAAUAAAGCAUUCAUUUCUCCCAGUGCAUUUCGAAUACAUGAAAGAAUUCAUACUGGAGAGAAACCAUUUGAAUGUAAAAUAUGCGGUAAAUCCUUCCGUUUUUCCUAUUCUCUUCGAAAGCAUGAAAGAACUCACACUGGAGAGAAACCCUAUGAAUGUAAAAAAUGCACUAAAGCAUUCACUUCUUCCUGUUCUCUUCAAAAACACGGAAGAACUCAUACUGGAGAGAAACCCUAUGAAUGUAAAAAAUGCAGUAAAGCAUUCAGUUCUUGCAGUUCUCUUCGACUACAUGAAAGAAAUCACACCGGAGAGAAACCCUAUGAAUGUAAUAAAUGCAAUAAAGCAUUCACUUCUUCCAGUUCUCUUCGAAAACAUGAAAGAACUCAUGCUGGAGUGAAACCUUAUGAGUUUAAAAGAUACAGUAGAGCAUUUGCUUCUUCCAGUUCUCUCCAAAAACAUGAAAGAAAGCAUACUAGAUAGAAACUACGAAUGUACAAAAGUCACAAAGCAUUUAGUUUUCCCAGUUCAUUUCCAAGACAUGAAUGAAGUCACGAUGGAGAGAAAUACUAUGAAUGUCAGUAAAACGGGGAAGCCUUUAUUUAUUUCUCGUGAAAACUUUUGAAGAUAUGUGAGAAUGCACACUAGAGGAAAAAUCAUGUAAAGAAUGUAGGAAAGGCUCUUGUCAUCCCACCUCUUUCUGAAGGCAUGAAAGGACUCACUUGAUAAAACCCUCUUGAAUGUAAACAUCAUGGGAAACACUUCAAUUGGCCUACAUCCUUCUAUGUGAAACUCCCGCCAAAAAGAAAUAAUAAAUGUAAGUCAUAUGAGAAAACUUGAUGGAAAUUAAUUUGUAUAUGAUGUUCUAGAAAACUUUCAACAUGAAAGAGUUGUUAUAAAAGUUGUAAAUAUAUUGUGUUUACCAAGCUUCUUUCUUAAAGUGCAACAUUGGAUUGUAGAUUUCUAUUAAUACAUUUCAGAAAUGAAUAUUGAGGUGAGAAAAUUCUGAAAGUCAUCCUUCAUCAAUACUACAUAAAGAUUAAUAUGUGGUGCUCUUUUCUUAAAUCAGUUAAUAAUAUUUUCUCUUUAAUUGUUUUAAGAUGUUUUAAUUGUUCUGUGUUAAGGGGCCAUUGAAAAAUGGUAGUUUGUAGUUGUCAGGAUUUUUUUAUUGGCAUUGUAUUACAGUUCCAGAAUAUGCCUAAUCUGUUGUAUGUAUUGUACAUUUCUUAGAGAAAGCUCCUUUUUUGGGGGUGGUGAGUAUAGGAUCCUGUUUUCAUUUUCCACACUAUUAAAUAGUUGAAUAAAUUUUUAUGUAUGGGAAGUUUAUCAAAGAGUAUACUUUUCUGUUAAUUCUUAUUUUCAAAUGUGGUUCUUUGCUCUUUCUCCUUCCUUCUGAGUGUUAUCUGGUGAAGAGACUGAAUUGAGUCGAGGCCUGUGAUAGGGCAACAAAAUCUAGAGCUGGACACAUCACCCCUGUCAGUGAGGGUAAAAUAAAGAACUAAAUCUUUAAGAAUCCACCCCCUUUAUGGUUCCAUGUUGGAAUUCCCCAAUAGCCUCACUUGCAUGAGAUUUGGAAGGCAGAAGCAAACAAGGCAUUAGGCAGAUUCUGGAGCCACCGUACAAGGAGACAGACAGUUACACAGGAGCUUUGGGGACACCAUCUUACAUCCCAUUCUCUGGAUUCUUCGCUAUUCUAGUCAAGAGUAUCUUGAAAAUCACCACCAACUGUUUGAUUUCCAUUUACUCAGGGGUGUAUUUUCCACUGAUGUUUUCACAAUUUUCACACCAAAUAUCCAUUAGAGUUAGAAUAAUUCUGUGAGACCUCUUGUGUCCACCGGGAAACUAAUUGAGACUUUUUUGCUUGUGAGUAUUCUCUGAUUCCCCUCUUCUCUAGAUGGUAUCUGAAAUAGGUCAAAUUUGUAUAGGAAACACCUUAUACUGUUAAUAGUGCUAGUGAGCUUGUUUUCCUGAUUCACCAUGACAUCUACAAUGGGGCACAAAAAGGACAUAGGAGUUUGUUUCUCUUCUGCAUUGUGCAUCAGCUGCCUUGACCCAGUUCUUUCAUGUGAAAACAGUUGCCUUUCUCAUGUCAGGAAGACUGUGUUUCCUGUUACUUGUAGCUGAACAUAUUCCCUCAAUAUGUUUUCAAUAAUGUUUGAUUGUCUGUCAUUAGAACUGUAUUUCCUUGUGAAAUGAACACAUCUGUAGUUGUUUCAUUGACGUGUUUUAUCAACUCUUUUCUAAUCCAUCAUAUGCUAAUAAACUUUAUUGUUAUUA